UGGUCAAUCUUACUAGGCUCUUCUAUUGGUCCAUAAUACCAUCAAUCUUGAACUUUCGAAGUCCUUCAAGUUUGAAACUUUUUGUGAGUAGGAGUCGGGUUACAACAGGGAGAGAAGAAAACACUCAAUUAUUUACACAAUAGCACCUAAUACAACAUACAUUUACAUUAAAUCGACUGAGAAGAGCCUUUUUCUCGAGGAAAGACGAAGGUCCGAUUCAUGGAGCUGUACAUGGAUUUGCUAUGGAUUGCCAUGAUGAAGACUCGAGAUUAAUCCUAGAUUAAAUUGUCAAAUUGUAGCAGUGUGCUCCGCGGUGUUUUGACUCACGCCCCGCAUCCGGUUUGAUUUGAAGGAAAGACGUCAUCAUGGACUCCUUCAGUACUAAGAGCCUGGCCCUUCAGGCCCAGAAGAAGCUGAUGAGCAAGAUGGCAACCAAGAGCGUGGCCAACCUGUUCAUUGAUGACACCAGCAGCGAGGUGCUGGACGAGCUCUACCGAGUCACCAAGGAGUACACACGCAACCGCAAGGAGGCCCAGAAGAUCAUCAAGAACCUCAUCAAGAUGGUGGUGAAGCUGGGUGUCCUCUACCGCAACAACCAAUUCAGCGGGGAGGAACUGGUGCUGGUCGAGGGCUUCAGGAAGAAGGUCCACACACUGGCCAUGACAGCUGUCAGCUUCCACCAAAUCGAGUUCACAUUCGACCGGCGUGUGAUGAGCGCCAUCCUGAAUGAGUGCCGUGAGCUGCUGCACCAGGCCAUCAACCGCCACCUAACAGCCAAGAGCCACUCGCGGGUCAACCACGUGUUCAACCAAUUCGCAGACUGUGACUUCCUGGCAGCUCUCUACGGCCCCUCUGAGGUGUACCGCAACCACCUGCAGAGGAUUUGCGAUGGUGUCAAUAAGAUGCUGGACGAGGGCAACCUUUAACCCCCCCCCCCCCCCCCCCCACAGGACCUUUUGACCCCUUCCCUUUGACCUUUGAGGCCUUACCUGGUGGUGUGACAUUCACCACAUGGUUGCCGCCUUGGCUUUUUUUAUUUUAUUUCAUAGACAAAUAUUAUGCAUAGUGGACAUUUGACAUUUUGCCCCUCCGACAUUACUGUACAACACUGAAGGAUGUUCCAGGCUAGUUAGUCCAAAGUUUCUUCUACGCCUCUUUAUUUAAAGGAACAACAUGGACCUCUUCAGUGAAUGUAUAUUACAAGCUUUUGUCAAUCAUUUCCAGUCAUAGGACUUCACCAAUGCCUUGCAAUUGUCUUUUUUUUCUCCAAUGGCUGUCUGUCCCCUGGAAGAACUCCCGACCACAGCCUGAAGAUCAUAUGUACGAGUAGUCAAUUGAAUGGGCUGAAAUGCUUUUAGAGUGAAGAGGACAAUGGUAGAUGUUAACCUACUUCAGGACAACCAUAAGGGACUCUGUUGUUAGACAGGAGUGCCACUUGAGGUUAAAACGGCACUAAUUGUUUUGCAAUAAUUCACGUAACAGACCAAUAAUCCAGUUUCAGCAUCACAUUUACACUCCAUAUCCUAAGUAAGUCUACACUUUGUUUGGAUCAAAAUACCUUUUGCCUGCUUUGGUCCUAAUUACCUGUUUUUAUUACAAUCACACCAAAGAGCGUAUAAUUUGGGUCAUGGGGGCUAUAAACAUGGAGGAAGUUGAUUGUGCUGUGCAACCUAAUUGUCACGAGCUGCUGACUCGUCAGCUCUUUAACUUCAUCUGAGCUGAACCGAAACCCCUACCCAGCAAACACUUUGAUUUCUGUGCAGCCGAGACCGACUCCAUAUACAGUCAUGUUAAUGACUGGAGGAUAUGGGAAAGGGAAGUAGGUUGCCUUUGUUGGUGAGGCCCAGGCUGUUUCGUCACGUAACAUAGUAUUAUGGAUUAGAGCAGAGACUAAAACAAUACCGGAUUGUACCUUCCAUUAUUCUAUUAAUUAUUCCCCCACUCCAGGCCAAUAAUAGCCUACCUACAGCUAAUCCAUUCCAACACCCCAGCCUCCAUUUAAUGGGAUUGAGAUCACAUCUUUGCUUGGUGCACGUCCUAUUUGGGAGUGAAGUUGUUUUUUAAUGAACCAUUUAGAUUGUUGUUUAGUUUGUUAUAUAGUACUACCCUGCACAUAAUGGAUGU